AUGUUCCCUGUCCAAUUGAGUAUAGUGUGGAUAAUCAAGUUCCCGAAAUUCGAGGACCAUGGGCAAGAAGUGCUUGGACCGCAGAGCUCGGAUUCUCGUGCAGAAGACAUUAUAUCGCAUUUUUUCGAUGCAGCGCGUGCUCACGGUGCCACGGCGCUGACGGCGGAUGAAAAUGCCCGUUUCAAUUCUCGCAAUGCACUGAGGGUGGCAUUGGAAGGUCGAGGCUAUCGUUUGGGUGACUCCGUGCAACCUUCCGAAGCGCUGGAACCAACCACUGCGGCAUCCAAUGUGGCAAGUUUACUGUGA